AUGGUUAUGUUUGGAUUUCGUAUUCCAUCUUCUGAAGAUACGAUUCCGUUUACUGAAAAUAAGAUGCCGUCUAGAAGUAGAAUGAUAUGUAGAAAACUCCUCGUAACAUUGGAGAUUUUAUUCCGACUUGCACUGAUCAUCAUAUCACGUUUUUGGAAAAUGUGCACAACUGGUCUUCUAAUAUUUACGUUAUUGUUUUGGACUCAAGGGGGACAUUAUGCCUUCUGUUUCUUUAUGUUGGGCAUUUUAGGUUUGUUGUACCACGCUCAAGAUUUGCUGUUGUACCACCCAGAGUCCCCACCCGACUCCAGACUGAUCGUCUUAACACCGGAUGCUUUCCAGAUGCCUUUUGAGAAUCAUUUCCAUCGAACUAAGGACGGUACUCGUAUUAAUUUAGUGUUGAUCAAACAGACGCACAGGGCAGCUAUCACAGUUGUGUUUUUUCAUGGGAAUGCUGGUAAUGUUGGGCAUAGGUUACAAAAUGCUCUUGGUUUGUUCUCGGUUCUGAAUGCAAAUGUUCUAAUGGUGGAGUACAGAGGCUAUGGGAAGAGUGAAGGCAGUGCUAGUGAAUCUGGUCUCUACCAAGAUGCAGAAGCUGCAAUGGACUUUCUAUCACAGAGAUCAGAUAUAGACCAGUCUCAGAUUGUGGUGUUUGGUCGUUCACUAGGCGGAGCAGUGGCAAUUCACUUGGCAUCCUCACCUGUCUAUGGGCCCAGGCUGGCUGCCCUAGUACUGGAGAACACGUUUACAUCGCUUCAUGAGAUGAGCCUUAAGAUAUUCCGACUGACUUUCAUCAAGUAUAUACCACGAUGGUGCUAUAAGAACAAAUUUCCUUCAAUACAGAGGAUAGAGAAUAUUACUAUACCAACCUUAUUUCUGAGUGGGACCAUGGAUGAACUUGUGCCAGCUAAGAUGAUGAAAGAACUCUAUAAUAAGUGUAAAAGUAAUGUUAAAAGACUGGAGUUGUUUGCCAAUGGCACACAUAACGAUACUUGGAUGUGUCCUGGGUACUAUGAGGCCUGGCUGAGGUUUAUACCUGAGGCUUUGAGAGAAAAACGUAUACAGAUGAACAGUUCUCAUCUUGAUAAGGACCAGCUAGGCUCUGUGAUGACUAUAUGA